AUGCUCUCGCAGUCAGCGCAGCUUGGAAGACAAAAAGCGGUUCGACCGCCGACUUACAGACUCGAAAACGAGUACAAUCCGGAAGCGAUGCCUCAGUAUUUUCAGAUAUCAGUUAGUAUUAUAGAAGGAAGAAAGUUUGCAUGGACCAAUCCACACUCGUCGAAUUCCUAUGUGAUUCUAAUUUUUGGGAAAAAGAAACAUAGGACUAGUAUUAGGAGACACAUGAUUGAACCCUAUUACAACGAAAGUUUUAUCCUGGAUAUGUACUCCACUAUACAAGUUCUACAACGAACUAAUCUAUGGCUGGCAGUGAUGGAAUUACGGUGUUGUGCGGCGCCUCGGAUCCUGGGCGAGACGACCAUCGACUUGGGGCUUAUAUGGUCUCAGCCAAACCAUCAAGUUAUUCACAAAUGGGCCCAAUUAUACCUACCCCGAGAUCCAUCUCUUGGGCCAGUUGGAUUCUUAAAAUUAAACAUAUCAAUCGCGUUUCGAGGCGAAAUUCAAGUUAUGUCUACCGUCAUGAAAAAUGAAAAGUUAGAAGAGAAUCUUCUUCUACCAUCGGGUUUGGAGCAGCAAUGUGCCAACUACCAAAUAACUAUUUACGAAGCUUUUGGUCUUCCUUGUGGCACCCAGAGCCAGGGUGAGAGACGGUUUGGGAAACCACCGAGUACCUUUGUGAAGGUCACAUUUUGUGGAUUAGUGGCAAAAACAGCUAUUCAGCAUAAAACAUGCAAUCCAGUGUACAGUGAGCAUUUAUCGAUUGUGGAAAUGUUCCCGAAUAUGAAUCGUCUUAUCCGUAUAGAGGUGUGCAGCGCGGAUGGAUGUUUCAAUAAGAUACUAGCUAGCACUCACCUGAAGCUCGAAAAUAUCUCACAUGAUGGUGAAAAUGGAUUUUUGCCAACAUUUGGCCCAUCGUUGCUUCACAUGUACGGAUCUUCAAAUAGUGGUAUUAUAGGCCCUGCAGGAGAAGAAGGUCCCUAUCAUCGCGGUUGUUUACUCGUUGCUCUCAAUACUGUUGUCCCAUAUUACCAGCAAAUAAUUCGGAGCGUUAAUGUGGAACCGGCCAAUCCUAUUCAACAUGAAAAUUUGUGGCAGAUACACGAAUUCUGUUUAUUCUGUCCCAUUCUAGAAGUUUCUAUGCUAGAUCGACGAGUAACAGGAAAGUAUUGUGGUGUGGCAGUAACACUGGGUGAAAUCCCGGCUUCCAGCUCUGGGGAUGAGGAAUUUCUAACAAUGUUGAAAGAAACACGUAUACGAAAACUACACUACACGGGCUGUUUAAAUGUGAAUAAAACACCGCCGUAUGGAUACUUAGACUUCUGCAACUCUUUUCCUGUACUUCAACUUGCUACACGACUUCCAGACUUUAGAUUUAGGAUUUAUAAAAAUAAUAUGCUGCUGGCUAUCGUUCAGGAUCUGGAUGUUGCGGUAAAAAAUAUUGAGCGUAAAUUACAAAGUUACAAUUAUGAAAGUCCUAAUGAACUUUCGGACGAACUGAAUACGGCUCGCAAUGAGGCGGCGUGUAACAUUCUCAACUUUCUGAACUCCACACAAAAUUCGCGGAGCAGCGAAAGUUUAUUACAACAAUGUAACACGAAAUUGGACCAAAAACAACUUGCUUUACAAAUAGAAGAAGUUGUAAGUAAUUUACAAUUGAACUCGUCGGUAUCUAUGCAAUGCGUUACGUCACGAUGCAGUAAAAUAAAUAAGGACAGUCCUUCAGUGACGAGGAAAUCAGUUAAAUUUGUAUUAUUGGAAACAAGACUUAUAACCGAGAGCCUCUGCAAACUUAUUUGUGAUGUGCAGUUACACGGAUGGCCAGAUAUUGUGGUCUGGUUUCUGAAUGAAGGCUCAAGAGUCGCCUAUGCAAAAUUAUCCGUAGAAAACGUCAUAUAUUCUGUAAUCCCCGAGCAAAGGGGUAAAUACUGCGGACGAAUACAAACCUUACAGAUGAAACCCCUGAAAUGUCCAAGUCACGUGAAUUCCACCCACUGCUCUUGUAUUGCUGGAAAGGUGGAAGUGAUAAUGUGGCUGGGAUCGUACCGGCAGCGACCAGUCUUCGAUACUUACAUACCAGCGGGCUACAAAGUGAAGAUUAAAGAUUAUGAUAUGUGUUUGAAAUCUUCAGCAAUGAUGGUAGAAUGUCGAGCUUUUGUUUAUAAAGCUAAAUUACUAAGCAGCGCUUUAGGAGCGAACCCGGCAAAUACGUUUCUCCGUGUCAACAUUUUAACCGCGGCCAAGGAAACCAGGACUAAGAAAAAUACUUUGACGCCGAUGUGGAACCAAGUAUUAAAAGUCCACAAGAUGAUUUUCAUGUCACCAGAACGCCUAACAAGUUGUCCUCCAACAGCAACAAUAGAAGUUAACAAUGUUGAUCCAGCGGGAAAAGUUGAAGUUGUUGGUCGCUUUGACAUCCAGUGUAUUGUUGACGAUAGACAAGACUACGAGUUUGCACCGAGGCUCCAAUGGUGCGGGCUGCACAAAGGGAUCGAAUAUGUAGGCCAAGUAUUCAUGUCCGUCCAGUUAGUGCAGAUUCCUGAACGAUUAAUGAAGACUACAGCAUAUUCAUCAAUUGACGAAUCCAUAACAACUGGCGUUAAAGAUUUGGAUUUGACGGACAAAAUUGAAUCGAUACCUUUAAAUUUGAUUCCUGUGUCUACAUCAUACAAAGUCGACGUAUAUUGGUGGGGUCUUCGUGAUGUGAACAUAACACGAAAACCGUGCGUCAUCUUGGAAAUAGAUGACAUGACUUUAAAAUCGGACGUUAUAGUAGAUAAGAGAGCUAACUGUAACUUUCCAAAUGGACGAGUUUCGCAGACAUUUGAGGCUCCGAUGCAUGAAGCGUACUCUCCUUUGUUGAAAAUACGACUGUACGACAGCAGUACUUUCGGUCGAACUUUAUACCUUGGCACGAAUGUUGUGAAGAAUCUUAAUAAAUAUAUAGUGGACUGGCUUCCAAAGAACGAAAGGGACGCGUCCCUGCAUAGGGCUUCUAUCAUGUCUUCUGAUUUUGUACAAGUAAAUCAAAGUUUAGUUCUAAAGAGGAUAAGUCAGUUAAGAAAUGACUCAUGCCAGAAUGAUAAUAAGCUGUUAAGCAGUGUUGAUUGUAUCAGCGAUUGGCAAACACGUCACUCGGCGUGGAACUGCACUUGCUGCAGAGGAGAGCCCGAUGAAGAAGAAUAUACAUUGCUCCCAUUGAUGUCUAGCAAUAACAAAACAUAUUUGACUAAAUCUUCAUCUUCUGAGCAAAAGGAUUGGUGGACUAGAUAUUUGUACUCACAGGAGUUACAGAUAUACGAUUCGGAAUUGGAACUGCAACCGCAGUUUUCAAAGUUUAGGGACUGGUGUACGACGCUAAAGCUUUAUAACGGCAAGAAGAGUGGAAUUCGUGAGAAAGAUGAGCAGAUGUACUGUGGUCUUUUAAAAGCUGGCCUGGCCAUCUACAGGUGGCCACCGCCUGAUAAUACUGAUGCAGUUAGCCUGAGCGGAGUGGAUUUAAAGAAGGGAUAUUUUGAUGAUCAUCCCAACAAUGAUCCAGCAAAGUUCUUGGUCAGGAUAUAUAUUGUAAGAGCGAUGAAUCUUAAAACAAAGGAGCUAACGGGAAAGUCGGAUCCUUAUACAGUAGUCAGCUGUGGCAAGAAGCAUUUCGGAGACCGCUCUAAUUACAUUCCGAAUACGUUAAAUCCUGUUUUUGGAAAAAUGUAUGAGUUGCGAUGUAACUUACCAGAAGAUUAUCUGGUCACCGUCUCAUUGUAUGACUAUGAAGCGAUUCCUCCAGAUGAACUGAUCGGCUUCACAACAAUAGAUCUGGAAGAUAGAAUCUACUCACGCCACAGGGCUCGUGUCGGUUUAGCAAGUAAAUUCAGAUUGAGUGAACCAUUUAAAUGGCGCGAUAGUGUUAAACCAUCAAAGAUUCUCGAAGAACUGUGCGUAAAGAAUCACAUUCCACCACCUGUGUUUCCUGAUGCAUCCACUGUAUUGGUCAAUGGAGUCAAAUAUGUCGAUAAUAGCCAGCAAGAUAGAAGUUAUGUAUCAUCUAUAGAACAAAGAGAAAAUCUAUGUCUCAGCAUUCUACAUCAGUGGCACACUAUACCAAUAUGCGGAUAUCAUUUGGUGCCUGAUCAUGUUGAAACUAGAGUUUUGUAUAAAGAAGACAAGCCUGGUGUGUGUCAGGGCACACUGCAUAUGUGGGUCGAUAUAUUUCCACUGGACUGCGAAACCUCGAUCCCGCCAGCAGUAGAUAUCACCCCUAGAAGCGUGGAGGAGUUUGAACUGAGACUCACUAUUUUAACUCUGCGAGAUGUUGAUGUGUGCAACUGCCCAGACAAUUUGGAGCUGUAUUCAAAAGUCUCCUAAGAAAAGAGAUGGGUCCAUUUACAGAAUACGAAGAGUGCAUGGCACCCAUAUUAGUUAUACAGUUAAUGAAUAAUCAAGAUCCUAUUGAAGAUUGUAUUGGUA